AUGAGUUCGAAGUAUGAUGUGGUCAAGUUAAAGGUGCACCUAAGUGAUGUGCACUACUACGUCCUAUCGCGCUUUCUCCUUUCGAAGAUGCUCAUGUUCUGCUGCGUUCCAGAGGACACCGCCGUGCGCAUUAGUCUCGAUGUCAAGAAGCACUUCGUCAACACCGAGCGCACCUCCAUCACGCAGGCGGAGCUGGAGGACUACAUACGGUGUUCAAUGAUCGCCGCAGGAUUCGCGCAAGAGCACGCGACGCUUUUUUCGGUAGUAACACAGUUUCACACGGAGCGGAUUCCACUGGUGCUCUUCAUUGCUGGGCCUGAGCGGUGCGGCAAGACGACGCUGGCGCAUCACCUCAGCGCACGGCUCAACUGCAGCACUGUCAUCAACGCUGAGGUGCUGCGCGACAUCUGGGCCGCAGUCGACGAGAGUCAUCUCUCCUUUGCUGUGACUGCUGCAAGCUCACCCUACUCAACGUCUGACAUGGUGCGCAGUGAAGUCGCUGCCGCAUUGUCAGCGGAGGUGGACAAAGCCAUACGAGAAGGACGAGCCAUCAUCGUAGAAGGCGAAAACCUCUCCUUGGCAGACUUACAUCAGUUUCUUGAGCCAUCCUUCCAGCUCUCUGCCGGGGCAGUGGUAUUGGGUCUCAUUAUGGAGACUUGCAGCGGCAAGGCAGAGCUGGACGCAAGUCCUGCAUGCGCGAAAACACUUCCCAACCUGCAGCUCGUUUUCUCGUCAAAUCGCCUGUCUGUCUUUGCGACCGAUAUGGGCAAUCGUGCAAAAGGCGCCAGUGGGAUCCCUACCGUGUACGUAGCGCGCUGCACUACCGUCGCUGAGAUUGUCUGCCUGUCCUCCUUCCUUCACGAAGUUGUUGUGAAGUGCAUCGUUGCCGAACUCAAACGCCGCGAGAAAACACCAUAA